AUGAGGUUGCGAUUAAAUGUGCGUAGGUACAAUCUUCCUGACUGUCCCAUUAUCUGGAAUGUCAAUACCUCAACAUCUACGCCCACAGUAUCAGAAUUGCUAGAUCAAAUUAAUGAUGUAAUUCCCAUCGAAUCUACGGAAUGGGGGAUGGAAGAUUAUGCUGUUGAGGUGAAGGGAAAAGAAGGCGUUAACUAUGAAUGUUUACACUUUCAGCCUGUGGGCAAAGUAAUGAAGGAAGAAGAUGAAGUAAUCAUACGCCCGCUUCUUACCCAUGAUCUGCGAGUGCGAAAGAUAUCUGGAAGGCAUCAAAUUUCAUCUGAUGGGAGACACUUGAUCGAUGGUGCCGCAUUUGGGAGGCCUAUGUUAAGGAGACCAGCAAACCGUCCACCAAUAGAUAUCCCACCUCGCAAGCGCCGCAGAAUCACGUUCGAUGAGGAGGACGAAGAGAAUGAAGAUUUGUUUACCACAGACGCGGCGGAUGCUGAACCAGCACCCAAACGAAUUGCCUUGCUAUCAAACCUUGAUGAAGACGAGAAUGACGAAGAUGACGAUGAUGACGAUGAUUUUGAGCCAGAUGGAGACGAUGAUGAGCACGAAGAAGAAAGCGAUGAGGAUACUGUAAAUACAGACAAUCGACAAUUAGUUAUUCAUGCAGAUUUUGAGGAUGACGAUGAAGAGAGCGAUGCGGGGGCUGAGAAUAGGAGCAAUCAACAACUUGUUCUGCAUGCAGAUUUUGAAGAUGCUGGAGAAGAAGAAGAAGAAGAUUUUGAGCCAGAUUUUGAGGAGGGGGAUUCAGAGGAGUCCGAGGGGUUUGAGGGUUUUCAAGAUGAUCAGCCGACCUCGAGCGCUCCCGACAAUGGCUUGGAAAAGCCAGGCAAGGUUGACGAGCUAUCUACUGCCGAUCAAGCUGUUCUUUCAAAUGUGAAGAACGCAUCAACAAAGGCGAAGAUAUGUAAAUUACACACGGCUUUUCCCAAAGCCUCAAUUGCCGUUGUCAAAUUUGUUCUAGAAGGAUCUGACGAAGAUAUAUCUCAGGCGUUUGAGGCUUUAGCUCGAGGAUACGUUCCUGCCCAGUCGAAGAACUCCAUUUUGCAAAUGUCUUCUAGUCAUUCCAAAUCUCCGCAGUCGUCGUCUAAGGAACGAGUUUCUAAGAGCGGCAAAACAGGAAUUGCCUCUAAACAGAGUUAUCCUGCAUCAGCCAACGCGAUGGAUUUAGACGAUGAGGAAUCUGGCUCCGAGGAGGAGGAAGAUGCAUUGCUUUCACACUACGACCAGCACGGUUUGCCGCCGGGGUCAAUCAAGUCCGGCAAAGCAUUGUCUUACAUGGCUGAAGCUAUGGACGGCUCUCACAAUGUCAAGUCAAAACUUACAAAGUUUGAAACUGGUUCCAACAGUAAAACUACAUAUACCAGUAAUGGCAGAAGAACCAUUCCCAAUAAUAAGACUGUUUCUGACAUUGAGAAGGGUGCCAAAUCGGUCAAGGGAGGUUUGAGCAGUGGCCUUACAUCCACACCAGCGAUAGAUCUCAAGUCAAACGAUGAUGAAAUCACUAUCGAUAGUGACGAUUCGUCACAUUCCUCUUCCGAAGCCGAAUCAAGUAGUUCUGAUAGUAGCAGUAGUGAUGAUUCAACUAGUGCAGACGAUUCCAGUGAAGCUGUUGACGCAUCAUCAUCAUCGUCAUCCGAUAGUGAUAGUGAUAGCGAUAGUGAUUCUUCGAGCGAUUCCUCCAGUGACGAUGGAGCACCUGAAGUCAAAUCGAGUAAAUUAGCUGUGCCAGAGUUAAAGACCACCAACUCAAAGCCUAACCCGUCUAGCAACGUAGUUCCUCCGAAAUCCCGAACGCCAGUGCCUCCUAGGCAGGGUAAAAAAGCGACGCAAUCCAGAAAUCAACGCCGCAAACAAGGUAUCACGCUUGCUAAACUUAAAGAGCGAGGUAUCCUUCCGGAGGACACCACAGCAUCAGAACUCAAACGGCUGGAGGUUAAUGAAAGCACUUCUGCCGAGGAUGCAUUUGCUGCACUCGCAGUCUUGAGAACCAAUACCAAAUCCGCCAAAAUUGAGAAUGGAACAAGGAAGGCACUCUCAGAAGCCGAUGAGUUUGACGCUCGUAGACGUGAGUUGCUGGCAUCUCUUGCAUCCGGUGGUAUUGAGGUGUCUCCGAGAAGUGGCAAGGCUGUGGUUGAUAUCAUGGAUGUUGAUAUUCCGAAAAUGGUUAGCGACGCUCCCAGGACUGCCAAAUAUACGCAAAAGGAGCCUGGUGGAGAUUCCAUUGUAGCUGAGGUGCCUCCGCAAGAGAAUUCUAACCCUACGCCAACAAGUGCAGAUCAACCGGCGGCUUCAAGACGAUCAAAGCUAGACGUAGGUGCUGGCCGUCGAUUAUUAUUUGGGGCACUUGGUAUGAAGAACCCCAAGACGAAGAAAGAUGAGGACAAGCUUCGUAGUGACUUGAUGAAAGACGUUCGAGUUUCGAAAACUAUUAAUACACCCGAAGAGCCUUCAAUCCAACAGACUGAAACUGCCGAUGUUGAUGAUUCAUGGAGAGAUAAGAUUGUCUAUCGAGCAGUCGAAUGUUGUCAAGAAGGUAUUGUAUUAAGUGAACCUCCAUUUCCAUUCGUUCAACGAUGGGAUCCCCAGCAGCAAAACUAUAGAGGUGGCAAGAGGAAGAACCAAGGUCAGGCGUACAAUGAAGAGCCUCAAGGUUCAAAAAAGCAAAAGCGACGCAAGGGAAAGCAAAACUACGCUGAAGAACAAGAGGAGUACUUUGAUGAAUCUUACCAGCAAAGCUAUGAGGAAGAUGCCAUGGAGACACAAUCGACAGAACCACCAGCAAGACAAGUUGAAAGUGUGGAACACAGGCCUGAUACAGGAGAUCUUAUUCAAGAAACCCCUGAUCUGGUCGAACUUCCAGAAGAUCCAACUACCUUACCAGACCUUGAAGCGAAUGCGGUCCAGUCAGGAAUGAUAAUUGCCUUCAAGCAAAUGCUCAUGGACGAAUCCACAAAAUGGCAGCCACAAAUUUCAGCUUAUCGCACGGCCUCUGUUCUUUCAGUCGACGACAACGGUAAUAUCUCAGUUUCCUUGGCAAGAAGAGACAGAAAUCACCCUGUGAAGCAUUACGAUGAGAAUGGACAGAGAAUUUGGGGCAAGUUUGAAAUGCCCGAUGAGGAAGAAGAAGAGGAAGAGGACGAUGGAGAGAUGGCCGUCACCUUCAACGAGCUUGUCGAGCCCAAGAUUGUCGAGCCUGCUCCAGUAAGCCUGUCGACAGAAAUUUCCAAGUCUGGCAUGACGACUGAUGAAUCAGUGACCUUAAACGAAAAAGCAGAUGAAAUACAGUGCUCUCAUGUGACUGAGACGCAAUAUUUUGACACAGACCCACCUGCAUCUGCCGAAACUGUGGACGUAAUCAGUACGCCACGUAACUCGAAGUUAGAGUAUCUGCAAGCUGAAGCAUUACCGGAAUCGAUCACAGAUAGUGCUAAAGAAGAUAUCUCAAAUCUUAUCAAAGAGGCUGGUUUCCGCUCUAAUGUGCCCUCCUCCGUAGUUCGAGACUUUGCUCCUAACGGCCUGGAAAGGCGUGAAGAUGCGCCAACGCUCGAUGAAAUGAGGACGGAAAUAAUGGCAGAUAUUGACGACACUUCAUUUUCACCAAAGUUCAAUGGCUUUGGCUUGAGUUCACCGGCUCGACAACGGCAAGCUACAACUUCCCCGGACAGGCAACAAUCGAGUUGGCACACUGUAGAUUCUCAAGAACCUUCAAGCGCUCCAGCUCAGAAUAAACCAGAAAUGAUUGAAAAUCAAGAAUCUGGAACAACUUUACGGAAGGACCGGUCGAAAAAUAUGAUACAAGUAACCUCCAACGUACCAGGCAUUCAUACCAAGCCACCCACCAAGAGAAUCAACGUUGAUAAGGCUCAGGCGCAAUGGGAAGCCCUUCAGCCACGAAGAAAGGCUACCAGUCCAGUUGAGACAGACCUAACACUUGAUACGAUCGAGGUAGAUUGCGGAGUGGCGAAUCCAAAAUUGUCGGGGCAAUCAUCUUUCACGAGUUUGGUCGCCGACCAUGGACGGCAACCAGAUUUCAGUUUUGAGAAUAUGCGACGCCAGGAACUUCAUGAUUAUAGAACAGACGGCAUGGCAAUGGAUAUAGACACACACGAUGGCGAUGUAUCUGAAGAUGAGCCUGAACUUCCUCCACGCCGAGUCAAUGCAUCUAAUAUGCCCGUUGAGAACAACAAUAUGGUUGAGCCCUCAUCGGAAGAUUUUCCAACUGUUGAAGAAAUGCUGAGUCAACCUUCUCAACCCUUGACGAAGCAUGGGAAGAGUGCUCCACAGCCCUCAUCAAAGAAUCCUCGAGCUGCUGUUGAGAAGGAUAGAAAGAUUUUGGCAGCAUUCGAUGAUACACAGUCUUCAGCAACCAAAGCCGGUGAGAAGAGGAAGAAAGUUUUAGCAGCAUUUGAUGAUUCGGAUACGGAUUCAGAUAUGGCACAGAUUAAAUCUGAGGUUGAAUGGAAGAAGGAGGCUGAGAUGAAACCAAAGAAGGUCAUGGCCGCAUUUGAUACUUCUGAUGAAGAGGAUCAGAUUACGCCUAAAGCUUCCAAACCUACCAAGUCUCAACAUGAAACUUCCAACGUACCUCAAAGCUCCCAAGUCGUUAUGGACCUGACCCUUUCAAGCGAUAUCGAGCCUGAACAGGAGAAGGAGAAAUCAGGGGCCAAUCACUCCGACGGAGACGACGAUUUUCAGGUUGGAUGGGGACCAAAGACGAAAAGUAAUCUGACGGGAUUGAAGAGACAGGGGAGCAAUAACUUGGGAGGCACAACAAACGCUUCUUUAAACACCAAAGCUUCCAAAAGAAGAUUUUGA